CCCACACAGGAAGUCGAGCAGUGACCUUCUUUCAUAUUUUGAGAAUCAUCAUAAUAAAUUAGUGGUUAAGAUCAUAGAUAUUAAUAAAAAAAAGUUAAAUUAUUAUCAGUAUAUUUUUUAAUAUUAUUUAUAACCUUAAAUGUAUUUACACAUUUUGAUCAUUGUAUGUUAUAGGUGAUUAUGAAUUAUAAACUUUAGAGUUUGGAGCAAUCAUUAAAUUCAGAACAUUGCCAAUUUUAUUUUCAGCUGUUGGAAAACAUGGCUGAUGAAUUAAGUUUCGGUUCGGUGCCCCCAUACUACCGCGAAGUCUACGACAUUGUUUGUCCUGAGCAGGAUAGAAUUGAUCGAGAUCUCUUCGUCAAAAUCCUGAUCAAGUCGAGCUUACCCAAGAAUACCCUAAGCACGAUAUGGGAUUCUGUAGAUAGCAAGCAAGGCUUCAUUACGAGAGGAGGAUUGUAUAAAGCUCUAGCUCUCACAGCUCUAGCUCAGCAAGGGAAGCAACCUAAUGUUAAACUCUUGGAAAACUACACAGGCCAAGAGCUUCCCAAGCCCUCUCUUGGCGACCUGUCAGAUUUGAAGACUUUAAGUCAGCAUGUGAGAAGGGAAAGAGCGCCUAACAUCCUAAAUUACAACUAUGCUGAACUGAGUGCACUUGAUCAUAUAACGGUUGAUCUCAUACCUGAGAAAAAGGGUCUGCUUCUCAAACACGUCGAGUAUGAAGUAUCUAGCAGAAUGUACAAAUCAACAGUGUUUAGGAGAUACAGUGACUUUGCAGCAAUGAGUGAUAUGUUGAUAAACUGCUAUCCUUACAGAAUGGUGCCCCGUCUCCCGCCUAAAAAGAUGCUAGGAGCAAAUCGUGAGUUCAUUGAGCAGAGGAGAAAAUCUUUGGUCAGGUUCUUAACACUGGUAGUCAGACAUCCUACGUUCCAUCGAAGCGAGGUUGUUAGGUACUUCCUCACAUUUUCAGGAUCAGACAUGCAACAUAGAAUCAAGGAACAGUUUAGAGGUAUACCUGAUGAAUUUGUUACCAGCAAGCUAGCUGCCCAGGCCAAGGAUCUAGUGCCAAUGGAUACACAAGUGCAGUUUGGCAAUAGCAGAGAACAGAUUAAGAGUCUCUUCAAUAGUAUGAAUCUCAUUAAAGGAUUUGUUGAUCAAAUUACAACGAGAGCUAUGGGUAAUGCAGCCGAUACCCUAUCGUUCGCCAAGGAACUGAGCAGUCUAGGAGGAGACUCACAGCCAGCGUCGGCCUGGGCGAUGGGUCACAACGACUCCUGGCCUCAUCUGAAAAAUGGUCUCAAAUCGGUAGCCGUUGAGUUUGCUUCUCUCUCAGAUAAAUACAUGACCCAGGGAAAAAGACUAAGUGAAGGUGUGGUUGAAAAAUUCUGGUUGUUCCUUGAUCUACUACAAGCAUACAAGGACCUGUGUGAGAGACACGAGAAGGGAGUGCUGAGGGAUCAUCAAAAUGCUCUUCAGAAGAUGGCUGCUAUUAAGAAAAAGAAGAUGUCUGCCACAAUCAAGGGCGGAGAAUAUGUAAAUGAAGUUGAACAACUCGAAUCUAGAAUUAUUGAGCAAGAAAGCCAAAUCAUGACCAUGGAGAAUAGGAACUUCUUCUCACUGCACUGCCUUCAGAUGGAGACCCAGCUCAUACAUGCCAACAUGCCUCUCAUUGCUGAUGUCAUGCAAACCUUUGCAGAAUCCGAGGUCAACAGUCAAAAGGAGCUGCUUCAGGUAUGGCAAGACAGCCUUGACAAAGUUGAGAAGCACAUGUCGCCCACCAAGCCGUCCUCACCCAACUCAUCUUCAGCCACAUUAUGAUAAUCCCACCGCUGCCACCAGUUACAAGCAGGGGCUAUUAGUGACAACUACGACAAAUCCAUGCAUCCGAUUGGCCGACAGCAAAUUUGUCAGUGAAAAUUCACUGGGGAAGUCGCUUUUGUGAAAUUCACUCCUGGGCCCCGUAUCACAAAUGUUAGCGAUUAAUCGCUAAGUUGAAAGAACAAUUCUGAUCUAAAUGCGCAUGCAACAGUGAUCUUGAUAGGAUGUUUCAUUUCGCAAUUAAUCUGUUAUAAGCUACUGAAAUCCAGGCUUCUGAUUGGCUGAGAGCAAAUUUGUAAAUGAAAAGUCACUGGCGGGUCAAUUCGUGAAUGUGCUCUCCUGACGUCCAGAUGACUUUAAUUGAAAAGAUUAAAAGAACUUUUUCAAUCAACAUGUAACUUCUCAAAUUUCCAAGCAGUAAUUUGCAUGCAACAUUUGCAGUUGGACUGAAAUAGCAGGCGGGACUUUACUUAUGGAUAAUACAGAAUCGUCAUUCACUUUUUCAUCUGUAGCCCAAAUUAAUCUUUAUCUUCAUGGAAUUCACUUUCUGUGUGAUGAUACCAGACAACAAGGCAGUGUUUCCAUGAGGGAAGUUGACAGUGAUUUUCACCACCUCUUGUUAUAAGCUACCAAAAUCCUUCCAUCUGAUUGGCUCAGAGCAUAUUUGCUAGUGAAAUUCACCGACGAAACUCUGAAUGACAAGCUCCCCCGUUUUCAUGAAACCUGCAUAAAUCUUGUUAUCACCUAAUUACACAGGCCAAAAUACACAAUUAGGUGAUUAUCAGACAUGAUAUGGAUUCAUGAAUAUGGGUCCCAAUCAAUAAGAUUGGACAUGAUUCGGUUGAUACACGCUCUGGGGAGUGUUUCAUCAACAUUUUCAUCCGACAAGUUGUCAGAUCUGACAUCUUUCUCUGAUGUUGAUUGGCUGAGAGGUACUGUUACUAUGGUAACUGUCGGAUAAAAUGGGACUUGUCUGAUAAAACGUCCGACAAGUCCUUUCAUGAAACGCCCCCCCAGGUUCUAGACUGAUCAAACAGCAUUGAUUUCUUUUUUUGACUGCAUGCAUGAAUGAUUGGUUAGGGUGUCUCUUGCCUCUAUGAAACUAUGAAAACCAGAGUUUCAUUCUGCAUAGAAAUUAAAUACUUUCCUUGGAAGCUGUAAUUGGUGUUGUCUUUGGCCCCGUGCAGUGGAUGUGAUCCUAUUCAAAUUUUGUUUUUUGUAUCAUUUGUAUAAGAUUGAUCUUGUGAUGGAAGUCCUCAAUACCCGCUUGAAUACACAAUAAUGGCUAUUAUAUGUUACGUUUGUGAUUCAGAUUAAACAAGUCUUGCUGAAUAUAAUCUGAUUUAUUUUCUCACCUUCCUGUAGGCCUAUGUUGACAUUUAAAAAGGCAUGAUUCAAUUAUUUGGUUUUAUGAAAUUUUCACUAUUUUUCCCCCAUUGAAAUUAAGUGUAUUUAGUAAAAAAAAAAAAAAGAAGAAGCCAAUCCUAAUCCUUAGCAUUCUGAAGGAGAGAAAAAAAAAUGAAUGGAGAGAAAUUGAAAAAAAGAGAAAUUAUAGCAGGAAUAAUUGGCAGGCGAUCAAGCUUUUCUUUGUUCAUGGUUCAUUUUCAUGUUUAGGUUUCAUGCCCUACUUAAAUUCAUCACCCAAUUUAUUUAUAUGUUUACCAUGAAAAUGAGUAUGACACAUAAUCUUGUUUGCACCUGUUCAGUUCACUAUUAAGGUUUUGGUUAUUCUUGUCCCACAUUGUUCAUGAUCACUCAAGUGAAAAUAUGUUGUGUAUUUCAAGUAUCGAAUACAACAUCAUCGUGAUGGUACUUCUGGGCUCACUUGCACUGGGUCGCGCAAUAUUGCAUAUUUUGGUUCUAAUUUUUUCACCAAAUUAAUAUCCCAAUAAGCGUAUUAUAUCACCCCCAUGAAUAGUUAAUUUUUACAGUCAUUGAAUAGAGACGUAUUCUUUUGCUUAGGAAAACAGAAUUGCAUUUAAAUGGGAAAAUGUUAGAAAGAGUCGACACUUUGAAGACACUUUCUUUUGGAGACUGAAAAUUUGGUUUACGGCAGGAAAACAAUUAUAUUUUUUAUUUUAGGGGUUACUAGUACUUUUUAGAACCUACUGCCUUAAUCUGCAACAUUGCAGUGAACAGGGAUUUUCCGGGUAUCUAUUUUAUUUUCAAGUGCUCUUUGGAGCUUUCUGGGGUGGAAUCACCUGAAGCCCCUGUGUAAGUUUUCUCCUGGUUUAGGGUUAUUGUGUUUGAUGGUUUUCUUUCACAAAUUUUCACCUCAUACUACCUUCAUUGUCUCGUAGUCUUUCAGGGAGCAGGAGGAAGUAGGAGAAAUGUUCAAGAUGACAUCAGGGGCCCGUUUCAUAAAGGACUUGC